UCUCUCUUCUCCACUAUGGACAGAGCCUCCACUGAGCUGCUGCCUGCCCGCCACAUACCCAGCUGACAUGGGCACCGCAGGAGCCAUGCAGCUGUGCUGGGUGAUCCUGGGCUUCCUCCUGUUCCGAGGCCACAACUGCCAGCCCACAAUGACCCAGACCUCUAGCUCUCAGGGAGGACUUGGCGGUCUAAGUCUGACCACAGAGCCAGUUUCUUCCAACCCAGGAUACAUCCCUUCCUCAGAUGCUAACAGCCCAAGCCAUCUGUCCAGCACAGGUACCCCAGGCGCAGGUGUCCCCAGCAGUGGAAGAGACGGAGGCACAAGCAGAGACACAUUUCAAACUGUUCCCCCCAAUUCAACCACCAUGAGCCUGAGCAUGAGGGAAGAUGCGACCAUCCUACCCAGCCCCACGUCAGAGACUGUGCUCACUGUGGCUGCAUUUGGUGUUAUCAGCUUCAUUGUCAUCCUGGUGGUUGUGGUGAUCGUCCUAGUCGGUGUGGUCAGCCUGAGAUUCAAGUGUCGGAAGAGCAAGGAGUCUGAAGAUCCCCAGAAACCUGGGAGUUCAGGGCUGUCUGAAAGCUGCUCCACAGCCAAUGGAGAGAAAGACAGCAUCACCCUUAUCUCCAUGAAGAACAUCAACAUGAAUAAUGGCAAACAAAGUCUCUCAGCAGAGAAGGUUCUUUAAAAGCAACUUUGGGUCCCCAUGAGUCCAAGGAUGAUGCAGCUGCCCUGUGACUACAAGGAGGAAGAGAUGGAAUUAGUAGAGGCAAUGAACCACAUGUAAAUUAUUUUAUUGUUUCAUGUCUGCUCCUAGAUCUAAAGGACACUAGCAUUGCCCCAGAUCUGGGAGCAAGCUACCAGUAGGGGAGACUCUUUCCUAUAUGGACAGCUGCUGUGGAAAUACUGCCUGCUUCUCCCACCUCCUCAGAGCCACAGGAAAAGAGGAGGUGACAGAGCGAGAGCAAGGAAAGUGACGAGGUGGAUUGAUACUUUCUACUUUGCAUUAAAAUUAUUUUCUAGCCUGCAGUCUAA